AUGAAUGACAUUGAUACAUCUAGCACAAAUCAAAAAUAUAAUACUAGAGAAGAUCUACUUACAGAACCCAACAGUUCUGUGUAUUACCAAGAAUUUGAAAAGAAGAGACCCAAACGACGUAUCCCAAAGCCAGGUAUUGGUAUAUGGCUGGACCUGAAGGAUAGAUUACCCAUUUACAUCGAUGAUUGGAGAGAUUCUCUCGAUUACAGAGUCAUCCCCGCGGUGCUUGAAACCUAUUUCAAUAAUUUAUUACCUGCUAUUGCAUUUGCUCAGGAUAUGUUUGAUAGGACAGAUAACUCCUAUGGUGUUAAUGAAAUUUUACUUGCAAGCGCUAUGGCAGGUAUUGUUUUUGGGGUAUUGGGAGGGCAACCAUUAUGCAUUGUGGGUGUCACAGGCCCCAUUUCAAUUUUCAAUUAUACUGUUUAUGAGAUCAUUAAACCACUAAACACCAAUUAUUUUGGAUUUAUGUUUUGGAUUUGUAUAUGGUCCAUGAUUUUCCAUUUCCUCCUAGCAUUUGGAAAUGCAGUAUGCCUUUUACAAUAUGUCACCACAUUCCCCUGUGAUAUAUUUGGUUUGUUUAUUAAUAUCGUAUAUUUGGAGAAAGGAGUUCAAAUUUUGGUGAAGCAAUUCAAUUAUCAUGGUCACCAAGACGUUGCAGCCGGAUUUGCAGAUGUCGUUGUCGCUGUACUGAUGACGGUAUUUGGUACAACAUUUAAACAGUUCAACAAGACACCAUUCUUUAACCAUACUAUACGCACUUUCAUCUCAGAUUAUGCAACCGCACUAUCAGUUCUAUUUUGGUCUGGAUUCACUCAUUUUGGAGGAUACCUUAAUAAUAUCCAUUUUGAGAAACUACCCAUUACCAAAUCAUACUUCCCCACAUCUGAUACUUUCAGAGAUAGAUCUACAUGGCUAGCAUAUGCCAAGAUUCCAACAAAACAUAUUUUCAUUGCAUUGCCGUUUGGAAUAAUAAUGACAAUUCUUUUCUAUUUUGAUCACAACGUGUCAUCCUUAAUGGCACAAAAAUAUCAAUACAAAUUAAAGAAACCUUCUUCCUUCCAUUACGAUUUUGCCCUAUUGGGUGUUACGACAGGAAUUGCAGGCGUCUUGGGGAUUCCUGCUCCCAAUGGAUUAAUCCCCCAGGCUCCCUUACAUACCGAAUCACUAUUAGUAUUAGAUGAAAAUCAAGAAGUUGUGAGAUGUGUAGAACAGAGAUUUACUAAUACAGUUCAGGGGCUAAUGAUGUUAGGCACCAUGACAAGACCUCUUUUAGUCUGUCUUGGUGAGAUUCCUCAGGCAAUAUUAAGUGGCUUAUUUUUCACCAUGGGUAUUAAUGGAUUAAUUGACAAUGUAAUUAUUCAUAGAAUCAUGUGGCUUUUCAUGGAUAAGAAGAGGAAGGAUCCAGAAAACCCGUUAAAUGGUAUAUCCAAGAAAUCGUUAUUUUUCUUCCUUUGUUUCAGUUUAGCAGGAUUCGUGGCUGAAUUUGCCAUUACAAAUACAGUUGCAGCUAUUGGGUUUCCUUUGGUGUUACUUUUGAGUGUUAUUGUAUGCUUUCUAUUUCCGAAGAUAUUUACAAGGGAGGAAUUAGAUAUAUUAGAUGAGAAUGUGGCCAAAGAAUUUACCAUUAAGAACUUGUUAUUGAAGAAUAUAUGUGAUCCUGAUAACAAUAAUUUAACACCACAGGUUUCUGAUGAACUAUCUGACAUAUCUUCCAUGCAACACACUUCAGAUGAUAUUACCGCUUCAAUGUAUGAUGGUGAAUUGAGAGACAGGCCGAAAGAACCAGAAACAGCACAUUUAGGAGGGACAGCCCCAUAA